AAAGUGCUGUAGUUUUUGUAGCUAGCUGGAAAGUUAACUUACCCAAAGAGCAGAAGACCUGUAGCAAAACGUCAUUAAACAGAUCAACCAGACAUUACUAAAAUGCAUUCGUUUCGUACAAACUGGACGGUCAUUCGGGUAGAUUAAACGAUUAAAUAGCAAUUAUCAACAACAUUAGCAAAGUAGUUAGCUAGUGAAAGCUAUAGCUGGAUUGGCUAGCAGAGUAAGUGACAGGUCAGAUAAAAAAAAAACAGCUAGUCUAGUUAGCAAAACCACGCCAGCAAAGGAGCACGGAUUUGUUCGGCAUAAAAUCAUUCUGCAUACUAACGUAUGACCUUGCUAACACGAUAUUUUAAAAGAUAGUUACAGUUGUAAAUUUUGCCGACCACUUUACCCCAGUUCAGGUACUUGUUUGUUAUCUAGUUCGAGAGCUGGUAAAUUGUGCGACGGAAGUGGCUUCAGCGUUAGCUUUCCUGCACUCGGCCCAGUGGCGGCGUGCUGGGGAAUUUCCAUCCGGUAUCAGCUCCUUGAACGGAGGAGAUCGUUAAUAUUUUGCCCAGUGAUCUGUGGUCUUCCGUCUCGGACACCCCCCUGCUGAAUACUUAUAAAUACUCGAGUCAUCAAGUUUUGGUACCCCGUUAGGUGUAGUGCCUGCGAAGGAGAACCUGAGAGGAGAGGCCGACACUUCGGACCGUUUUUGAAGUCUUAACAUUAGAAGGUGUGCUGGGGCCUCGCUGUGGAUUCCCAGAGGCCGGGCGGGGUGGAGGCAGUGUGUGUGUGCGCGCGUGCGCGUGACCAGAGCUCGCCAUGAACGGCAGCGGCGGCGGCGGCGGCCAACGCGCUGCUAGGUCGCGGGGUGCCCGAGGGGCGGAGCCGGCUGCAGAUGCUCCCUGCAGCCCUGCCCCUGGGGGAGAGGAGCCCUGCGGAAGGGGUGGAGCUUGCAUCCUGAGGAAGCUGGUCCAGCUGCAGGCCCCGCCCCUAUCGCGCCACCAGCUGAAGCGGCUGGAGGACCACCAUUACAGCAGCGCGGGCCGCUCCCUGCUGGAGCCCUACAUGCAGGGCUACUGGGAGUGGCUGGUCUCCCGUGUCCCCACCUGGAUCGCCCCCAACCUCAUCACCAUCGUCGGCCUGGCAACCAACAUCCUCACCACGCUGGUGCUGAUCUGCUACUGCCCCACCGCCACCGAGCAGGCACCUCUCUGGGCAUACCUGGCAAGUGCAGUGGGCCUUUUUAUCUACCAGUCACUGGAUGCCAUCGAUGGGAAGCAGGCACGGCGGACCAAUAGCAGCACUCCUCUGGGAGAGCUGUUUGACCAUGGCUGUGAUUCCCUCUCCACAGUCUUUGUGGUCCUGGGCACCUGCAUCGCCGUGCAGCUGGGCACCAACCCGGACUGGAUGUUCUUCUGCUGUUUCGCGGGCAUGUUCAUGUUCUACUGCGCCCACUGGCAGACCUACGUCUCAGGCACCCUGCGCUUCGGCAUCAUCGAUGUGACGGAAGUGCAGAUCUUCAUCAUAACCAUGUACCUGCUGGCUGCCGUCGGGGGAACGGCGUUUUGGCAGUCUUCGAUCCCGGUGAUUAAUAUCCAGAUUAAAAUAGUGCCUGCCAUCUUGACUGUGGCAGGGGCUAUCUUCUCCUGUGCAAACUACUUCCGGGUCAUUUUCACAGGCGGAGUAGGGAAGAACGGAUCCACAAUAGCAGGAACGAGUGUGCUGACCCCGUUCUUCCACAUAGGGUCAGUCAUCACACUGGCCAUCAUGAUUUACAAGAAGUCUGCGGUCCAGCUCUUUGAAAAGCAUCCCUGUCUUUAUGUCCUGGCUUUUGGCUUUGUGUCUGCCAAGAUCACUAACAAGCUAGUGGUUGCACAUAUGACUAAGAGUGAAAUGUAUCUCCUUGACUUGGCCUUUCUGGGCCCAGGACUGCUCUUUCUGGACCAGUAUUUCAACAGCUUCAUCGACGAAUACCUAGUCCUCUGGAUCGCUCUGGGCUUGUCCUUCCUCGACCUGGUGCGUUACUGUGUCACCGUCUGCAACCAGAUCGCCUCUCACCUGCACAUCUUCGUCUUCAAAAUCAAGCCCCCGAACACACUCCCCAACCAGCAAGGGCGCAACCACCAUUAGGGACCUCUUUUUGUGUUUUUCCACUUUUUGCAAAAAAAAAUAAAAAUAAAAAGGACAUGCGCUAUCUUGAAAUGAAUGUAAAACCAGUACAGCCGAUGGUGAGAAUAUACGAGGAAAAAGUUCAAAGGAAAUUAUUUAUUUCAAUCACUGUCUUGUGCAAUUUUGUUCUGUGUCCAGAAUGGUCAGAUUAAUGGUCUCCUGACUAAAAGAGGAAAGGUUUUUCCAUCUUGUCUGUCUGUUAUGUAAAACUUACAGCUGUUUUUUUGGUAAGCAGUGGUAAGAUAAAGGGAAAACUAAUUUUCUGUUACUGUUCACUAUUCAUACAUCUAUGAACCCGAAGUGUUUAAAAUACAGUGCAGAUAAGAUGUGGUUUCAGUUCAUUUUAGAGUUUUUACUUUUCUUUUUUUUAAAAUUGAGAAAUAACGUUGAAUUAUUUGGUUGCUUUUGUUUUUUAUGAUUAAUUUCAGAGCAAUAUGAGGGAGUAGUGUCAGUAUUUCCUUUUAAAAAAAAAAUGUACUCUGCAAUAUUGGCAUUUCACUGUCUCACUUUCAUAACUGCAGCCUCAAACAGUUUGGGUUGAAAUGUUUUCUUUCCAGUCCAACAGAGACUGUGGCUGCUGCUCCUCAAUGGAUCUGCUGAUCUUCCUUUUGUCAGGAGCUGCUUAUCCUUCAGAAAAGGACAGAUGGGCUCCUGCCGCCACCGCAGCUCACUGCUUUUAAUGUUCGUAUAGCGUUCCCUCGCUCUGGCGCUGUUCGUUACACAUGCAGCUUAACGUCAACUACGUAGGUCCGCCUUUCGCCUAAAAUGCUAAACGUAUGAACCUGAGUGCAUUACAGAAGUAACAUGUAUUGUUUUAGUCAACGAAAAAUGCAAAAUGGACAUGAGGAAAAUAAUGUCUUAUCUUUUGUUUACGUAUAUGUAUAUGUAUAUAUAUAUAUAUAUUUAUAUAUAUAUGUAUGUAUACAUAUAUAUAUAUAUAUAUAUAGGAUGAAACUUUUUUUUUUUCUUUGCUAGAUUAAGUUGUGUAACACGGGUAGAAAAAAGUUUUUAAAAAGUUUUCCUUCUUUGCUUUUUCUGAACGUCAACCUCUUCUGUUUAGCCACUCCAUUAGUCUACCUGAGCCAAAACCUUAAGCCAUUCUUAAUUUCCGUGUAGAUUGAGGAAUACUAACCUUUUUCCGAGCACACGAGCAUUUUUGACAGCAGUCGUAGCAGAACUGGCCGGGUCAGUUUUAACACCACAGUAUUGAUUUGUGGGAGUGUGACUGUCCACUCUUUCUGUUCACCUCCCUUAUAGCCCAGGCUUUCCCAGGCGUGCAAAUGGCAGUUCUGAGUUCUGAGGAAAGGCACCUGCUUAAUGCAGGUUAAGGAACAUUUGUAGUAGAACUUAAUUUCCCAUUGGCUGGUCUGCGUUAUAGCACGUUUGUAUCAGCCUAGGCGAAUGAGGCAUGUUUUUUAGGACAGACUAGCCCAGCUUGACGGUAUUUUGGCAGCCAACUGCAAGAAUGACCAGUACUGUAUAUAGCUAUCUAAAUGAGUCCAAGUCCAUUUUAUGUUCUAAAUCAUUGUGUUCCUUAUUCGUACUUGAAGUCUUCAUUUCAGUUUGUCCUUUUUGCGCAGAAUCCAAGAUAUGUAGCAAAGCUGGACUAAUUUUUAAAAUGCCUUUCAAUAUCUGCCAUAGUACAGUAUUUGCUUAUAUUAAUCCUGGCAGUUACUCUAUGUUACUACAUGGCUAUUACCUGUAUUUUCUAGGUUUUUGUUUUCCCAAUAUCUGUAAGUUAUUCUGAAAAAAUAGUUCACAGUUGCCUUAUCUCUUGAGUUGGUGUUUUAUCUGACCUUUUGUUUGACCUGAAGGCCCACGUUGUUAGCAGUGAAUGCUGUCUUUAUUGCCUUGACUGGGAAAGGCUAGUAUUGCAGUUUAACUAGACUACUAAUCUCAGGUGUUAAAUUAAAACAUUAGCUAGAAAUAAACCAAGGUCAGUAGACAAUCUAUUAACUCCAUCAAUGCAAUGUAAAAACACCACCCAAGAAAGCUGCUACCUACACUUAGGUGUGGUUGUCUCCGUUCAUGACUGUGUGUGUGGUUCAGUACGAGUCUGACUCUGCUGUGGUCAUUACAGCAUAACUCCAUCCUUUCACUGUUCUGUCUGACAUUCUGUGUAGAUUCACCUGCACGUGUCGAACAAAGAAUGUGCAUGUAGCGUUAUUUAACCCACUCCUUCCGUCUCCGGCAAAGGAAACGUCAAGACCGCUCCUGUUUCUGCUACCAUUGUCUGCUCAUUGCUGCAUUACCGAGUGUACAAAUUUAUGAAUGUCUGUCUGUCCAUUUUCAAACAUUACCAACCGUUUUCACAAAUGCAUGCAUUGAUGUACCGUUCUGAGUUAAAAAAAAAAAAAAAA